CUGCGGGUCGUUGGUGCGGGAGCAAACCAAAGGACGGUAUCGUUUGGGCCAGUUGGGUUCAUGUUGACAAAGUCCAGUCUGGUACCUGCUAGAAGCUUGGCAUUAUUCCAUGACUUCGUGGAUUAUCGCCAGCCGGUGGGAGUACUUUGAAGGUGUACUGCAUGAGGACCUCGUGUUGUACGUAAAACCAUCAUUGGUGCUUACCUUGAUGACUCCACGGAGAAGAGGGGACUCAGUCAUAGGAAACGCUCAAAGCUGGAUUCAAGUUAUCAGCUAGAGUCCCUUGUGCAAGCCCUUUGAGAAAGGGGGGCAGGGGGGCAUAGAAGUAUAAACAACAGCCCAAUAAAUCAGCAGUUCUCUGCGGAUCGGCAUGCUCAGGGUUCAGUGCCAACUGAUUAUCAUGUUGACCACCUUAACCUCUCUUCUCUUGGGUAUUACCCCUCUCUUCCAUGUGGCUCUCGGGGCAGCGGUGACUCGUGUCACUCCCCGUGAUGCAGUCCCCGGCCUCACCUAUGACCCGAAUACCACAAGCUACUGCACCUGGUGGGUUGACUUGACCACGCCCGUGGCCUGCAGCAGUAUACUCUCCGACAAUGCAAUCACUCUGGCGACAUUCCGUAGAUGGAAUCCAUCCGUCCCUGAAAACUGCGGAACACUCCAGGGGGGGCGGUCGUACUGCGUGGAAGCAAUGUUUGAACCUGCCCCCGGGCCGACAACCACGUCAACCAAGACGACUGCCCAAACCACCACCACUCUUCCCCCAACGACAACGUCAACUAAGACCACUCUUCCGCCAACCACGACGACAAGUACCGUCCCCGGCAAUGGGGUGUCAACGCCAGUGCCCACCCAGCCCGGCAUGAUCUCAAACUGUAACAAAUUUCACUUUGUGCAACAGGGCCAAACCUGCGCAACGAUCUCAGCCCUGUAUUCCAUCACCGCGUCUCAAUUCAUUCAGUGGAAUCCUGCCGCUGGAAGCGACUGCUCCGGCCUGUGGGCUUCAACGUAUGCCUGCGUCGGCGUCAUUGGAGGCUCCCCAGCGCCGUCGACAACGACGAAGCCCGGCAAUGGCAUCACGACCCCCACACCCGCUCACCCAGGAAUGAUCAGCAAUUGUAACAAGUUUGCCUACGUUAAUCCUGGGGAUUCUUGCGACGCUAUCGGCUUCUGGAACGGCGUUGGGGGCCAGUGGGUGAAGCUUUGGAACGGUAUCGAGGAAUCGUGCCGGUCGAUCCAGGCAUAUACCUACGUCUGUGUCGGCGUCAUCUCCGGAAAUGGCAUCCCGACGCCUACGCCCGCCCACCCAGGCAUGGUGAGUAACUGCAAUAAAUUUGCCUACGUCAAUCCUGGGGAUACCUGCGACGGUAUCGGUUUCUGGAACGGCGUUGGCGGCCAGUGGAUUAAGCUUUGGAACGGAAUUGAGGAGGCAUGCCGGUCGAUCCAAGCAUAUACCUACGUCUGUGUCGGCAUUAUCUAAGCGAGACUGUCGUCGAGGAGAGCAGUCUCCCUGGAUGGGAAGCCCUGUUCAAUUAGGCAUUUUAUAUACACGAUGAUGACCACAAGGCUCCAUGUCAUCAUAG